UGAACGCUACGUCCGUUUCAAUGAGUACUACAGCGGUAGACUCCCACCAGUUCUACUGAUAAUACAUUUAAAUGCGUCUGAACUACAUUUGACAGAAAUCAUGGGUUGUCAAAAAUCCAAACUGAGCGACGAUCAGAACGGAGGUAGCUUUCAAGUAAAGAAGCGACAGCCAGUACGUACUGACCAAACUGUAUAUGUGAGAGAUCCAACCUCCAGUAAACCUCAUAUGAUAAAUAAUGCAGAACCCCCAGGGCUGCUCCCAGGUCAGGUCUUUCAGAAAAUGGAAGAGCAAAAUGAGACCGGUAAAAUAGUCAUCGCCCUGUACCCAUACGAAGCCAUACAUCCUGAGGACUUAGGGUUUAAGAAAGGAGAGAGACUAAAAGUUCUGGAGGAGCACGGAGAGUGGUGGAAAGCCAAGUCUCUGACCACACGCAAAGAAGGCUUCAUCCCUUCCAAUUAUGUGGCACAGGCCGACACCAUGGAAACAGAAGAAUGGUUCUUUAAAGACAUCACCAGGAAAGACGCAGAGAGACAACUUUUAGCACCUGCCAACAAGGCAGGCUCUUAUCUCAUUCGGGAGAGUGAGACUUCAAAGGGUAGUUACUCCCUGUCCAUACGGGAUGUGGACGUCCACGGGACAGACGCCGUUAAGCAUUACAAGAUUCGGUCGCUAGAUAACGGAGGCUACUACAUCUCACCCAAAAUCACCUUCCCAGACAUCGGCAGCAUGAUUAAACAUUAUCACAAACAAGCAGACGGUCUUUGUCGAAAGUUAGAGAAACCCUGCGUUAAACCCAAAGCCCAGAAACCGUGGGACAAAGAUGCAUGGGAAAUUUCGAAAGACUCUAUUAAAUUGGUGAAGAAACUGGGAGCAGGGCAGUUUGGUGAAGUGUGGAUGGCUUACUAUAAUAAUGCCACCAAGGUGGCGGUGAAGACGCUGAAGCCGGGGACUAUGUCCGUGGAAGCGUUUCUGGAAGAGGCUAAUCUAAUGAAGACCCUUCAGCACGACAGGCUGGUGCGUCUUUACGCUGUGGUCACCAAAACAGAGCCCAUUUACAUCAUCACCGAGUUUAUGGCCAAUGGCAGUUUAUUAGACUUCUUAAAAAGUGAAGCUGGCUCUAAGAUACAGCUGCCAAAGUUGAUCGAUUUUUCUGCUCAGAUAGCUGAGGGCAUGGCUUACAUCGAGAAGAAGAAUUACAUCCACAGAGACCUGAGAGCUGCCAAUGUGCUGGUUUCAGAAAGCCUCCUGUGUAAAAUCGCAGAUUUCGGCCUUGCCAGAGUUAUUGAAGACGACCAGUACACUGCCAGGGAAGGAGCCAAGUUCCCCAUCAAGUGGACCGCACCUGAGGCCAUCAACUAUGGUUCCUUCACCAUUAAGUCUGACAUGUGGUCUUUCGGGGUCCUGCUUUAUGAGAUCAUAACUUAUGGAAAAAUACCUUAUCCAGGCAUGAGCAACGGAGAGGUCAUGACGUCUGUUCAGAGGGGUUAUCGGAUGCCCCGCCCCGAAAACUGUCCCACGGAGCUCUAUGACAUCAUGACGGACUGCUGGAAGAUGAAACCGGACGACCGCCCCACGUUUGACUACAUCCAGAGCGUCCUAGACGAUUUCUACACGGCUACAGAAGGCCAGUACCAGCAACAGCCAUAGGAGGGCGCAGCGGAGACGGGUUUUGGAUUUUGCUUUCAGAAUGAUGAGAAGAUCAAACGCGUGUAAGAGUUCACGUGUACAGAUAUUUAAAGAUAAAAUUCACUUUUUUUUUUCCAGUUGCUUGCUUACCUCUGAGCGAGACUGAAAUUAAUGAAAAUUAUCAUGGGUGAUUUUUUGUUUUUCCCGGAGGCUCUUCCUGUUUGUUGUUACCGUAAGAUAGGAAGACGACAGUUUGUUGUUUUUUGAAGAAGAAGAAGAAGAAGAAGGUGCCACACCAAAGCUGUUUGGAACAGAUAAGUGAAACAGGUGGCAUCUCCUGGCAGAAUCACCCUGGUAGCUUUAAAAUACUCUACUUCAGAUUGAAGUUUCACUGCUUUUGUCCUCGUCCCGUGCUACUGAAUCUCAUCCGUCACAUCAUUUUACUGCCUCUACCCUGGUAAUGUUUUUUUGUUUGUUUGUUUGUUUGUUUUGUUUUCUUUGUAUGCUUCUUCGUUUGUUUGUUUGUUUAUUUUUAAUAAUGAACUGAGAAUACUCAAGAUCUCAUCAGAUGAGACUGAUUGAUUUACAGCACUUUGUCUGGGAAUAAAGUAGCAAACCUGGUUGAAGUCCGUAUUCGGAGAGUAUUUCGGUAAUCGGCCCCAUCCCAUGGUGCUCCACCGCUCCCUUACGCCACUCGUCUGUAUUGACCGGAUGAGAGACACCACUGAGAUAGAGUCUGAAAGACAAGUCAUGUGACGCAUACACUUGUUGUUGCUUCAGCGCACUCUGUCCUGUUUAAACUGUAGAACCGAGAGAAGGACACGCGGAAAUGAAGCCACUUUAGAGAGGAGGGUGAAAGCCCCUCAGUUCAAACACAUAAAAUACAUAUCUGAUCCAGGUCUGAUUGAGUUUGGAAAACCAUUCAACAAAUUUGGGACUGCAUGGGAUCUGUUUGCCUGUGUUUUUUUC